UGGCGGAACGAAGCGCCAGCUACAAAAGUAGCUUCAAUUCCGAACCUUUACUUAAUAUUUAUGCUCUGAUAUCUUAAUUUUCUGCUAAUUUUUACUUCCUUUAUUGUUAUUCUUAUCUUUUUAUCUGUAGUGACUAGGAAACUUGUAGUUUUAAAUGGAAUAUUGAUUACUUUUUUAUGCUCGCGCUAGUGAAUUUUGAUGCCAUCAAACCACUUCCACCUACGACACUCGAAUACAAAUGUAACGAUCAGGAGAAUAUAAAAGGAGAAAAUGAAGCAGGAGAGUCAAAAGAUAGUUGAUAUUACCGAUAAUAUUGCGUCAAGAAACGACGAAGAUUCAUUGUAAUGGCUUCAAAACAGGACCAGACAUCCAAAGAGUAUUCCAUCAAUGUUACCAACGACAAUGAAAGAAGGAAGAUGCAACGUGGUCAAAAAUCUACUGCUCAACAAGAAAUAAAUACCAGAAAAUUCAAAAAAAGGACUCUAGCGAACACAGAAAUUACUGAUAUACAAAUUGAAAAGCGUAAGAAGGGGGAAGAGUUUGAGAAUGAAGAGACAUUGUUGAGAGAUAGAUUACUUGAUGAAAUAGAUAGCUUGGAGCCAUCACGAAAUUAUGAUAGUCUAUCAAGCACUAAGGGAAGUAGCAGUGGAGACGUGGAAGAGAAUUCAAAUGGGGAGACAACUUUUUUUCAAGACAGAAAGAUCAUAAAACUAAAGGGUAAGCUUCCAAACCUAGYAUUACCUGACGGAUGGUUAGCUCUAAAUCAUCGUAGUGGUGGCAUCAUUUAUCUUCAUCGACCUACGAGGGUGUGCACUUGGUCGCGUCCUUAUUACCUUGGCAAAGGGAGUGUUAGAAAACAUGAUGUCCCCAUUGCUGCCAUUCCCUGUCUACACCAAAGGAAAGCACUAGAAACUGAACCAAAUCUAAACAGUCUCCAAAAAGAUCCAAGUGAACAGCCUGCUCAAACUCAAGGUUUAGGAUCAGUCUUAAACUUCAUUAAUACAGCAGGUACAUCUCGUCCUAGUGAUGACGGUCCAAUACAACAGCAGCAGACAGAUAUAAAUAGGAUAGGUUUUAGUGGAAGCAAGACAGGUGAUGAUGUUAGUGUUUCUGGUGAUGGUGAUGAUGGAGUUGGUGUGAGCGUAAGUGUCAUAGAAGAUAAUUGUGGUGUUUCUGCAGAUGUCAGGAAGGGUGAUAAUGAGGUUGGUGGCCCAGGUGAUAGAUGUUUCAUUGCCAUAAGUGACAAUAUCAUGAAUGUCACGAAAUCAAAAUGUCCUGUGUUUGAAGAAAAUGAUGGCUUUGGACAUACCCAUGUUGGUUGUGGCAUUAGAAACAAGGUUGAUGGUACUAYAGAACCGGGAUGUAGUGCUUUACAGUAUAAUCACAAAGAAUGUGAUAGUGCUGUUGGUGAUGAAAGUGGUGGUAGUGGUAACAUCAAUAGUGGUGUUGAUGCAGACAUAUCUGAUGAUACUGCUGCAAACAGAUCUGGAAACUCUGACAAGGGUGAAAAUAUUUAUAGCCAAAAUAUUCCAAAUAUGUUCCAUCCAAAGGAUGGCCUAGAUAUAGUCAAUGACACUUUGAGUGUCCAAAAAAAUUAUUUUAGCAAGUCUUCUGAAAGUGGAAAAUCAAUUUCAAGCUCAGAGCUUGAAAGUAGUACUGAUUUGGAGAAUGUUUUGAAGGAAACUACAUUUGGAAUCACUAAUAACUCAACAAGAAACUCAUUUAAUUUAACUGAUGACAAAGUUAAUGCUUCUGAAGAAGAGGAAAGGACAAAGGAAAUUUCUGAAAGUUUGAAACCAAGCAAGUGCAAGAUGAGCACAAACAUUUCUUCAAAAAAUACAAAACAGAAUCUCGAACAAACGUGUGUGAGCACUGAGAUUAAAUCGGGAGUCGAGCUGAUAGACUCAGAGGAAUUGAGCUCGUACCUUGAGAAGCUGUUUGAAUUUGAGGAGGUGACCCGUGACCAGGAGCAGAAUGUUGCCAUGACUACAGUAGAUCAGUCAUCUGAACGUGAAGAAUCUAGCUUACCCCCCUUGCUGGAGUGCCUGCCUUAUUGUGUCAAAGGAGUAAAUGCAAGGCAGAAUAAAGAAUGGGUCUUGAAUCCAGGAGGGAAGACCCCAAUUGCCAUUUUACACGAGUACUCUCAAGCAGUGCUCAAAGAAAAACCAGUGUACGUCUGUAGUGAGUGUGAUAAUCCCUCUGCUCCUUUUAUGGCGGAAGUUCAAAUUGAUGGUAUUACGCAUGGCACUGGUCAGGCUUUAAGCAAGAAACAGGCAAAGCAAGCUGCCGCAGAAGCAACAUUACAAGUGUUUUUACCCGAAGAUUUCAAGAAAAUACAAGACUAUCAAAUCUCGCCCCAAGAGCUUGAGUAUUUCGACAAUCUCAAAAUCGACCAUCCUAAUGUGUACGAAGUUUCCAUUAAGUCAGGUCUACCAAGUCCAUCUCAGCUGCUUCAAGAAUGCCUCAAAAGGAACCAAGGCGUUUGCUCUUCAAUUAUCAAUUUCAAGAUAAUCCCUGGAGAAAACCAAAAUCACACAUACAAGAUAUCAUGUGGGAAACACACAGCUGAGGGUCUUUGUAAAAAUAAGAAAACGGGCAAACAAUUAGCCUCCCAAGCUCUACUCAAGAAAUUACAUCCACACGUAUCAACCUGGGGCUCGUUGUUAAGGAUUUACUGUGAUCGACCAUCAAGCGUAGUCAAAAAGUACAAGACACCAAAUGAUGAUGUUUUGAUGUGCAAUCAGCAAUCUUCGUCAGGAGACAUUCCAAGRGGUGAAUUUCUUCUUAUGAGACUCAAGGAAGAAAUGAAAAAGAUAGCGAACGAUGAAAAACAAGACAGAAAAAGCCGCCCACAUUCGAAAGAUCAAAAGAAGAACAAUCCUAUUAGUACUGUAGACAUCUAAUCUCGUCUCAAUCUGACCUACUGAAUUUCGUCUCGAUUGACUAGUAUACAUUUUUAUCUCAGAAGAAAGUUAAUCCUAUCUUAAUAGUCUCAAGUCACUUUUAAAAUUUAUCCUACUAUAAACACAUCCGCACACUCUUUAUUUUAAGCUUCUAAUAAGAAUUACCGUAAAAAAUAGAAUAUAAAUAAACAUAGUAUAGUAUGGUGACAAUCACUGAAUAAAUAUUUAUAUAUGGAAGUUUA